AUGGCGUCCAAGGUAAAACAAGACGGCAAGGCGCCGACCUCGGCGGCCGUGAACCUCAUUGCUGGGGGUGGUGCAGGUAUGAUGGAGGCGUUGGCGUGUCAUCCCCUCGACACGAUCAAGGUCCGAAUGCAGCUGUCGCGGCGCGCGAGACAGCCCGGCGCACCCAAGCGCGGCUUCAUCAAAACUGGUGUCGAGAUUGUCAAAAAGGAGACGCCGUUGGGUCUGUACAAGGGUCUCGGGGCCGUGUUGACGGGCAUCGUGCCAAAGAUGGCCAUCCGCUUCACAAGUUUCGAGGGGUAUAAGCAGGCGUUGGCGGAUAAGAGCACAGGCGUGGUCAGUGGACAGGCUACGUUUAUGGCCGGUCUCGCUGCCGGUGUCACGGAAGCCGUCGCCGUCGUAACGCCAAUGGAGGUGAUCAAGAUCCGUCUCCAGGCGCAGCACCACAGCAUGGCCGACCCGCUCGAUAUCCCCAAGUACCGCAACGCCGCACACGCGCUCUACACGGUCGUCAAAGAGGAGGGCUUUGGCGCGCUGUACCGCGGCGUGUCGCUGACGGCCUUGCGACAGGGCAGCAACCAGGCUGUCAACUUCACGGCCUACUCGUACUUCAAGGAUGCCCUCAAGAAUUACCAACCCGAGUUUGAGAAGACGACGCUCCCGGGAUACCAGACGACUCUGAUUGGGCUUGUUAGCGGCGCCAUGGGCCCGUUGAGUAAUGCGCCGAUUGACACCAUCAAGACGAGGUUGCAAAAGACGCCAGCCGAGUAUGGCACGAGCGCGUGGAGUCGCAUUUCCAAGAUCUCGGCUGACAUACAAGAGGGAUUCCAUGCCUUCUACAAGGGCAUAACACCGCGUAUUAUGCGAGUCGCGCCCGGCCAGGCUGUGACGUUCACCGUAUACGAGUACCUCAAGGAGAAGCUAGAGAGAAGUAACCUUGCUUUUUCGGGAGCUGGUUACGAGGAGUAA